GCCAGAUGGCUGUUUCUAUCACAGCCACCAACCCCCCUCCCUAGCUACGUGUUGAUUCGGAUCGUACAGAAAAGACCAAGACCAUGAUAUAGAGAGAAGCCUCCUUCCCCGACGUCAUAAUUCACGCUAAAGGGCGGUGGUAGCUCUAGGGUUCCGACUGUUCAACCCUUCACAACAGACGGUCCCAAAGCGACGACGGACAUCCUUGAUGGUUGUCAUUUACAAAGGUGGUGGUAGGGACGUGGCCGGCGGCAACCGUGGUGGAAACCGGUCAUGGAUAUGGGUUUUCCGCGGGAUUCCGGUACCGGAUCAAGUCUGCGUGUCCUUCCUUCUUUCAAAUACAGUUGCUUCCUACUUCUUUUUCCUUCAUAUUAUCUCCACCCUUCUUUCGAUCUUACCAUUCUUCACAGUUCAUCAGGUAUUAAUAAAUAUUCCUUACAACUCUUGAUUUUUUUUUUGUUGUUCAUUAAAAGAUUUGGGGUUUUGAUUAUGAUAAAUUUUUGCAGCUAUGUUCAUGAAUUUUAACGUAAUUUAGUAGUUGACUACCUGGAUUUUAGAGAGAGCCCAUAUAUCAACAUUCAUAAUUUGCUCAGUAUUUUGUGAUUCAAGUUGCCAUUGGCUUGCGAAACCUAGAAAUUUGAAAAAUAUUGCUCUGUUGUUGCAAAGAAAAAAUCUUUAUUAAUCUUGAGUAAUUGCACAAGCUAAAUGGUGAAACCGAAAAUACAACAGAAGAUCUGCAACAGAAAAUGCAGCAAGAACCACUAUUCGAAUGCUUGAAACUUUGAUUUGACUUGCUCAAGGUACAACUUUUACCGUCCUCUUCUGGCAGUUUUGACCUCUUUACUUAAUCUAUUUGGGUUGCAGUUGAUCUGAAACAGGCCACGUCAAUUUAUAAACACGUUGCAAGUUGCCCAAGGUUCAUUUUAGUUUAUAUAAUCUGCCAAGCAAAAAGUAUUAGCAUGUUGGGUCUACGCAGGUUCGAGACUAUUAUGUUUAAAUUGGAGGUGUUAGAUCAUAAGGCUAGAGAAAAAGCAGGAGUUAUAACUCCUACAUUUGGAGCACCUAUACCUGUACUUUUGACAUUUGAUGCUGCUGUUGAGGUAAAUCUUACCUUUAGUUGUAAGAUGACCUAACCCAUGCCCAUUUUGACCCGUUAUGACUUUCAUGUAUGAACCUGUUUUAACCCGGUUAAUCGUUAUGGCUUUCAUAUCUAAACUUGUUUCGACCCGUUAUGGCUUUCAUAUAUGAACCCAUUUUUACCCGUUAUGGCUUUCAUAUCUGAACCUGUUUCGACUGGUUAUGGCUUUCAUAUAUGAACCCCUUUUGACCCGCUAUGGCUUUCAUAUCUGAACCUGUUUCGACCCGCUAUGGCUUUCAUAUCUGAAGUUACGUGCUUACUUGCUUUUACUAUGGAUUGAAGCAUUAUGCUCCUGCUGACACUUUUAUGCAUAACUCCUUCAGAUUUUCUUUUGUUUCAUAACGAUGGGGGCAUUGAUAGUUGAUUACAUCUUAUUUGUCUACUUGAUAGGCCCUUCAAUCUUAUCAAUUAAAUACGGAGUUUUUCAGUCCAUAUACAAUUACUGGAAAGAAAAGCGGGAAAGAUGGCAAAAACCUGUUUUGCGGCGUUUGCAGCCACCUCCACCAGUUAACGAUACCAACCCAUACAACGUAUUUAGACCAAGGGAAAAAGCUCACAUACUUCACACAAGAAGAAUGCAAAGAACGGAAAACAACGUGCAGUCAUUUGAAAAGCUUCGUCAAGUUAGACGCAACCUUGAGCAAGCAAAAAGCUUGCUUGAGGCUUUAAUUAAGCGAGAGGAGAAAAAGAGAGAAGUUAUCGACAGUGAAGUCGCACUUUAAAGGAUCCAAUUAAAAUACAAGAUGUACACAUGUUGGCCAUUAAAUGAUAGGGUGCGGCUUUGGAUUCUAGCAUUACAUCAGUCGUUGAGUCAGAUUCGUUAAGUCAGAUCAUACUGGUGUUCGGUAUAGUUAUGUUUCUUAUAAUGUACAUCUGGAACUAUGGUAGUAAGCUCAAGUAUGAAAUAGAAUACAUGACGAGUUACUUGAAGCGUAAAAGAAAGCAAAGAUUUUGGCAGAGCAAGAUCUUAAGGUGGAGCAAAGAAACAGCCUCGACUUUUAAGUAUGGUAGUAAUUCUUUUUUCACAUGAUGAGAUCCAAAGCCUUCAUUCCCAAGGGGUGAUGAACCCGUAUACUCGGACCAAAGGGAGCAACGUGUGGACUCGGAUGUUAACUUGGACAAAAGCACCAACUUGUGGACUCGGACCAUAUUGACCGACACAUUGACUUAGAUGAAGGAGAGCAACUCGUUGACUCGCCAAAGGGAUCAAGAUGCGAACUUAGACCAAGGGGAGCAACCUGUGGACUCGAACCAUAGUGACCAUGUUCUGAUUUCUUGCAUAGUUGGUAAGCUGGGCCUAUUGAGCUAUAUGUUAUCAUUUCUUGCCAAGUACUCUGUUAUAUGUUUAUUUUGGGGUAAAACAUGAGAUUUAUUGCAUCACUUUUACAUCUUUUAUCAAUUGGAGUGACAUUCUUAAUAAA